AUGCUCUCAACAAAAUCUACCCAAGCGCUGCGGAACCUCUUCGCUGGCUAUCACGAGCCUGCUGGGUUAUCGAAACAGCAGUCUCAAAAGCUUUUGGAUGGCCUCAAGGCAUCCUUUCGACAGCAACUUGACCGUGAAUAUGGCCGAAUAGGUUCCGAGCGCGCCGCGGCCUUGGCCAGAGUCGCAGAUCCUGACCAACUUAUUCGACAUUCGGCCGCAACCCGACAUCUAAAGUCCAUUCUCUCCAAUCCACUCUUUAGCUACAGCAAGCAAGUUAGCUCCCACUCAUCAGCCGAGACGUUGCCCGUGUCCAAGCGAGAUCCCAUGGAUGUAUUCGACCAUGCCGUGGCCAAAGGAAUGAUGACACUCACAGCCGCUACAGGAUGCAUGGUGGCCAAGCGACAGUUACUCUCCGCAUCCAACUCCCCCCACGAUGUUUCUUCAUCACAAACAGCACUACGAGUUGUUCGGUGGCUCAAAUCAUCCGGUGCUGAGGCGAAUCUGAGAUUCCUCGAUAACCAGCCUUUUACUCGAGCGUUGACGCCGUUGCUCAUUGCAGAAGGUUUAGAAAGCGUUGCGUGGGAAUGGAUAACCCGAAUAGUCAACGACACUGGCCUCUCUUGGGAGAAGGAUGUACGAAUCAGUCGCGCCGCAUUCAUGCUGGUCCAGAUUGCUCGCACGAAGAGCCAACCACAACACGGAAGCCUGGACGCAGCUAUCACAACCGUAUUGGAUGCCGAACAGCUUUACCACAACAGCCCUCUCCUGCCUCGACUCCUCGUCUCCCCUUGGCGAUCGGUAUCCUGGCUAUCUACCGUCGAGUCAUACAGCCGAGGGGCCGCGUCAGAGAAAUUAUUUGACGCGCACAUGGCCACGGCCGAGUUGCUCCCUCGACGAUUUGAGAUUGAAAAGGCACAUCUCCACCUCUAUCACCCCACGCAUCCAGACCACGCGCCAGCCCUGCGUCUGUUCAACGACAAGGAAAAGUUCCGCAAGUUAGUGGCAAAGCUGAACCCUGACAAGUUCAAAUGGAGCAGCAUCAAAGGCAUGGCUAUGCUGCCGUGGAUUGCCUUUCUGGGCCACGACACAGUCAAUCAUUUAACACAGUCGGGAAGGAUUCGAGAAGCAGACAGCGUGACGGAGAUUUUGCGGUCGGAAUUGGCGAGUCUAUCGAUUGAUUCGUUGAGCCCAACUUGA